AAAACUGAUUAUUUUGUGAAAGUUUCAGAACAUUCAGCUUAGCAGUUCUGUAUAUUUCACCGAAAUUGUAGAUUAUCAUUUUUGUUAUACGUUCUAGAACUCUUUAAAAUAUCCUGUACAUUAAGUGAUAUUGAUAUACAGGCAAUAUGAACUUCACCAACAAGAAUUUCCCGGCGUUGAAGAAUGAUCGAUUAUUGCGGGCGGCUCGUGGACAAGAAGUAGAUAAGGUACCAGUUUGGGUGAUGCGGCAAGCCGGCAGAUAUUUACCAGAAUUUCAAGAAGUACGAGCAAAACACGAUUUUUUCACCGUGUGCCGUACUCCGGAACUAGCGUGUGAAGUCACGCUUCAACCGUUAAGAAGAUAUGAUCAUUUAGAUGCUUCUAUUAUAUUCAGUGACAUACUUGUUAUACCACAAGCUCUUGGCAUGACAGUGGAAAUGCAUCCUGGGAAGGGCCCAGUUUUCCCAAACCCACUAAAUGAUCCAAUGGAAAUAGAUGGCCUGAAGGAAGAUGGUGCUGUAUCAAGAUUGCUAUAUGUCGGGGAUGCCAUUACACUGACAAGGCAUAAGAUAGAGGGCAAAGUUCCAUUGAUCGGUUUCACAGGGGCACCAUUCACUCUAAUGGGAUACAUGAUUGAAGGUGGAGGAAGUCAAAACAUGCAGAAAACCAAAGAAUGGCUAACAAAGUUCCCUAAAGAUGUUCACAAACUUCUUAGUCUGUUGACUAGAGUUAUCAUUGAUUAUUUAGUUAUGCAGGUAGACAGUGGUGCUCAGUUGCUUCAAGUAUUUGAAUCUAGUGCUGACCACCUCACAAGGGAAAUGUUUGCUGAAGUGUCUGCUCCUUACCUCAAAGAGAUCAGAGAUGGUGUUCGGAAGCAGAUUGAAGAGAAAAAAUUAGAGCAAGUUCCCAUGACUGUUUUUGCCAAAGGCGGUGGACAUUCCUUAGAUGUACAGGCGACACUAGGUUACGAAACGUUAGGUCUAGAUUGGACAGUAGACCCAGUGGAGGCGAGGAAGAUUGUUGGAGAUAACAUAACCCUGCAGGGAAACCUGGACCCUCAAGAUUUGUAUAAAACUCCAGAAGAAAUACGCCAGCUAACACUAGAUAUGGUGCGUAAAUUCGGCAAGACUCGCUAUGUCGCUAACUUAGGACAUGGAAUCACUCCGCAGACGCCACUGGAAAGCAUGACGGCAUUCACCGACGCAGUUCAUGAAGCCUUAUAAUCUUUGUUGUUAUUGUUACAAUUACAGUAUAUUUCUGUUGUAUUUUUACUGGGAAAAUGUGGGAAAGUCUAAUGUUAUUAUUGGGGAAUAAUAUGUUAUUUGUUAUGUAAGAACAACACAAUUUAAUUGCAUGUUACAUUAUACUGGGUAAAUUAAGAAAUCACUUAUAAUAAAUUAAAUUUCACAUUGAG